AUGAGGUUCUAUUCGCAGUCCUUCUUGUACGACGAUCCCUGGGCCAUCGUCUCCUAUGCAUUCUUUAUGAGAUACCCCAAUCCACUUGCAUCUCAUGUUUUGUCUUGCGACGUCAUCUCGCGCACGCUCUCCCCGUCAGGCUCGUUGGUGACGACGCGGCUUAUUCUCAAGAGUGGUGCUUUGCCAAGAUGGGCCCCGAAGGGCAUGAUCUCGCGUGCCGAGUCCUGGGUUGUUGAAGAGAGCGAAGUCGACCCUGUUGGGAGGACUGUCCGGUGUACAACGAAGAAUCUUGAUCACGUCAAAGUGAUGAGAGUGGAGGAGCGCAUAAUCCUUCAGCAGACUGAGGAUGGCAAAACGGUACAAAACACUGACGCUAGAUUUGUGUCUGGCUUUGGGUGGGGCUUGACGAAGAAGAUCGAGAAUCACGGACUUGCACGGUUCAAGGCAAACAUUCAGAGGUCCCGACAAGGCUUUCAUAUGAUACUGGAUUUGAUUCGCCAGUCGCGUAUGCAGCCUAUGACUAUGGGUACAACCGCUGCUUACAUGUCCUCUCCUUCGUCUGCGGAAUCGUCCCAGCCGUCUUCGGCGGCGAGCCCGAGUGCUACCGCGGAAGAGAAGGGUCUCUGUAUCGGACCGGAGAGCAUGUACUUCCCGACAUCUGCUGCACGACAGCUCUCGACUACCCCCGCUCUGCCUGUGUCUAGCGAAUUUGUCGUCUGCCUCUCUGCGAGCCCGCGUAAGAGCCUGUUCUGCACACUAACGAAGAGCGGGCUUUCCAUAUGGCGCAUCCGACCAUCUGCAGUGCUCGCGCACCUGUCGCGCACCUCGACGUCGCUGGUAGAGCAUGGCGAGAACGUGUCGAUGAGCUGGGCUCCCAGCGGGCGGAGGAUCGUCAUCCAGACCACACAGUCGUUUCUUGUCCUCGUUACGGUGGAAUUUGAUACGGAACAGGUGCUAUACCAGUCAACCCCACUCGCACAAAAUGCUCAGCGUCACUUUCUGCUUGGCCCUGGAGAAGCCUUUCCCCUGCACGCCAUAACUUUGCACCUCGAAGGCGUGAUACGACUAGAAGGAACAUUACUAAGUGUGUCACCUCGGGAUGAUUAUAUUCAAUUCUCAACUAGAGGCCCGCCUGCAGUGCAGCGCGUACCAUGGCCGGGGACACAGCGCGACGACAUGUAUGCUACGUGGGUCUUGAAUGACGAGGAAUUUCCUUGGCUCGAAGACUCAGAUGGUACGAAUUAA